CACUCUUUGUUUCUCUUCCUUCUCGGCCUCCAAAAGAGCGUACAUUCAGAGAGAGAGAGAGAGAGAGAGAAAAAUGGUGAAGUUUUUGAAGCCAAACAAAGCGGUGAUACUCCUGCAGGGACGGUACGCAGGUCGCAAGGCAGUGAUCGUUCGAUCCUUCGACGAAGGCACCCGGGACAGGCCGUACGGGCACUGUUUGGUUGCGGGGAUAAAGAAGUACCCGAGCAAAGUGAUCCGCAAGGACUCGGCGAAGAAGACGGCCAAGAAGUCCCGCGUCAAGGCCUUCGUCAAGCUCGUCAACUUCCAGCACCUGAUGCCCACGCGCUACACCUUGGACGUGGACUUGAAAGACGUGGUCGCCGUGGACUCGCUUCAGUCCAAGGACAAGAAAGUCACUGCGGCCAAAGAGACCAAGAAGAGGCUCGAGGAGCGUUUCAAGACUGGGAAGAAUAGGUGGUUCUUCACCAAGCUUAGGUUCUGAAGUCUUUAGAUUCAAUCAAUGGACUCUAUUUUUUUAAAAGUUUUGUAUGGUUUUUAUUGAUGUUUGGAUAAUUAUGGCAUCUGGGUUUUCGUUGAAUUGUUGGAUUUUGCUUUUUAUAAUUUUGAUGUGUUAUGUCUUAUUAUUAUAAGUUAACUGCGGUUCGUGGGUUUUGCUUAAUUUUAUGAUACAUUGUUGUACUGUA